AUGGCCACGCCCCGUCCGGCCCCCACUCUGAGGCGGGCUUUCGGGGGUGCACGGGGCGGGUCCUGCUGGUGGCCUCAGCGGAGCUGGCAGGUGGAGGCUGGGGUGAGCGGGCCGGUGCGUACAGAGCAUGGAGUCAUGGCCCGGGCGCUGCGCUGCGGUGGCCACGACCAGUCAGGAGUUAGUCUCCCUCCCCAGGCCCUCCUCCUGGUGCUGCAGGGAGCCCAGGGCAGCACUCCUAGCUCUGGGUGUGAUUGUGCCCGAGAUCCCAGGAAGAGGAAUGAGCUGUUUUGUUGCAGAGGCUGCCCGGCAGGACACUAUCUGAAGGUCCCAUGCACAAUGCCCUGUGACGCUAUCACCUGCCUUCCAUGCCCACAGGGCACCUUCUUAGCCAGGGACAAUCACCAUGAGACCCGCUGUGCCCGCUGCCAGGACUGUGAUGAGCAGGCCUCUCAGAUUGCCCAGAGGAACUGCUCCGCAGUGGCGGACACCCACUGCGGCUGUGCCCCAGGCUGGUUCCCUGAGUGCUCCUUCAGGCUCUGCAACGCUGGCUCCCCCUUCCACUGCCGGCCAUGCUUGGACUGCAAGGCCCUGCACCGCCACCCGCAAGUGUCCUGUUCUGGCAGAGACACUGACUGCGGAUCUUGCCUACCUGGCUUCUACAAUCAUGGUGAUGUCUGUGCACCCUGCCCCACGAGCACCCUUGGGAGCUGUCCUGAGCCCUGUGCUGCUGUCUGUGGCUGGAGGCAGAUGUUUUGGGUCCAGGUGCUCCUGGCAGGUCUGGUGGUCCCACUUUUGCUCGGUGCUGUGCUGACUUACAUAUACCGUCGUUGCCAGCUUCAAAAGCCCUCGUUUCCUGCAGAUGAAGCUGGGAGGGAGGUCUUGAGCCCCCUGCAGGCCACGCACCCCUCAUCCCUGGACAGCACCCACAGUCUUCUGGCUCCACCUGGCAGCAAUGACAAGGUCUGCACUGUCCAGUUGGUAGGCAACAGCUGGAGACCUGGCUCUCCCAAUUCCCAGGAAGCUAUUUGCCCAGAGGCACCAUGGCCCUGGGACCAGCUGCCCAACAGAGCCCUUGGCCCGCCCCUGGCGCCCGCGCUCCCGCCAGCGCCCCCUGCAGGCUCGGCAGUCGCCUUGCUCCAGCCUGGCCCGCAGCUGUACGACGUGGUGGACGCGGUGCCCGCGAGGCGCUGGAAGGAGUUCGUGCGCACCUUGGGGCUGCGCGAGGCAGAGAUCGAGGCUGUGGAGGUGGAGAUUGGUCGUUUCCGUGACCAGCAGUACGAGAUGCUCAAGCGCUGGCGCCAACAGCAACCGGCUGGCCUGGGUGCUGUCUAUGCGGCCCUGGAGCGCAUGGGACUGGACGGCUGUGCAGAAGACCUGCGUAGCCGCUUACAGCGUGGCCCGUGA